AUGGAGGAAUGUGUCGAAUGUGGUACACCACUUAUCACUGAACAUACCAGCAAUCAAAUUGCAUCCACAAAAGCAGCCCCAUCUACAACAUCGAAACAAAUGCAUAACGAGAUGAAGUUAGCAGCCGUUACACAAGAAGUCUCAACUCCUGUCGUUGGUGUCAAAGCCUCGUCUAAACCCCCGAUGCCGUUGAUUGAGAAACCGAUGGAUGAUCUCCAGUUGAAAUGGUACUAUGAUCAGCAUCAAUGGGUGAUGAAAUCACUGAAACAACAGUCAUCGAGUAUUGAUAUUAAACGUAUUCGUUCACUUAUUGAACAGUUGUACAUGUCAAACGAAUAUCAACCCAGACUGAGUCAACCAUUAGGUCAACUUUCGUUCAGCAUUUGCCAAAUUUGUCUCGAUCCUCAAUCAAAGCCACUCAUCGAAAUGAUUACGUGUCGUCAUCAAGUGAUAUGUCGUGAUUGUUAUCAACAAUAUUUAUCCAUUCGAAUUCGAGAUGGUGAAGUGAUGCCAUGGAUACCAUGUCCCGGUGAAGUGUGUCCAAUACCAUUAUCAUGUCAAAAUUUGAUUUAUGAUGGACAAUUAAGUGUGGAGCAACUGCUUGAGUUUUGUCAAGUUCAUAUGAGUAAAAAAUUGAAUAGAAAUGAAAAUUUUGUCCCAUGUACAACUCAAUCGUGCUAUGGUGGGUUUUUGCAACUUGGACAAUCGAAAAAAGAACAGGUGACGUGCCGAGUGUGUAAACAAGAACAAACAAUUGAAAAGGGUAAAGUUGGUGAUUUAGAUGAUACAUUUAAAAAUAUGAUUGUAAAAGGUGUUUUACGUGAAUGUCCAUCGUGUAAACAUUUAACAUUAAAAGAGAAGGGUCUGUGUAAUGUUAUCGAAUGUGCUAAAUGUUCGAUCUGGUGGAAUUGGGCAACAAGAGAAAUGGGACAUGACGCACGGGAUUUAAAAGAGCGUGCAAGAAUGCAUGGAACAUUAUGGGAGCCGGGUGAACUCUUAUAUCAACUAGAUUUGCAACGUCGAAAUCCAGAAGAAUUCAAAGCUUUGUUGGAAAGAAACGGGAUUCAAUAUGAUCCGAAUUAUGUUCGAGGCAGUAAAUCCAAAUGA